AUGUCCACCAGAAGCAGAGCCCGAAGCGGGCACCUGACUGUUGCCUCCGUCGCCCUGCUUAUCUUUCUGUUGGUGGACGUGAACGCGCGGCCCGCGAACUUCUCCGUCCACAAGGACAAAACCCCGGACAGUAAAGAGACGAACGAGAUCCUCCCUCCCGACCACCUGAACGGAGUCAAAAUGGAGAUGGACGGCCACCUGAACAAAGACUUCCACCAAGAAGUGUUCCUGGGGAAAGAAAUGGAGGAGUUUGAGGAGGACUCUGAGCCCAGGAGGAACAGAAAGAAGCUCAUUGAAAUAUUUACCAAGGUUGAUAUCAAUAAAGACAGAAGUGUCAGUGCUAAAGAGAUGCAGCGAUGGAUCAUGGAGAAAACAGAGGAGCACUUCCAAGAGGCAGUUAGAGAAAAUAAACUCAGCUUUCGUGCUGUGGACCCAGAUGGAGAUGGAUAUGUAACAUGGGAUGAAUACCGGGUGAAGUUUUUGGCCAGCAAAGGCUUCAAUGAGAUGGAAGUGGCUGUGAAGAUAAAGAAUAAUGAUGAACUCAAAGUGGAUGAGGAAACCCAGGAGGUUUUGGAAAGUCUGAAGGAUCGCUGGUUUCAGGCAGAUAACCCUCCAGCUGACCAGCUGCUGAAUGAGGAGGAAUUCCUCUCCUUCCUCCAUCCAGAGCACAGCAGAGGCAUGCUCAAAUACAUGGUCAAGGAGAUCAUCAGAGACCUAGAUCAAGAUGGAGAUAAAGAGCUGACUCUGUCUGAGUUCAUCUCCUUGCCCAAGGGGACAGUAGAGAACCAACAGGCUCAGGACAUUGAUGAUGACUGGGUCCGCGAGCGGAAGAAGGAGUUUGAGGAGGUUAUUGAUGCAAAUCAUAAUGGCAUAGUCACUAUGGAAGAGCUUGAGGAGUACAUGGAUCCCAUGAAUGAGUACAACGCCCUGAACGAAGCGAAGCAGAUGAUUGCUGUGGCUGACGAGAACCAGAACCACAGCUUGGAACUGGAGGAGAUUCUCAAGUACAGCGAGUACUUCACUGGCAGCAAGCUCAUGGACUAUGCCCGCAACGUGCAUGAGGAGUUCUAGGACAUUCUCCUCAAUCCCUCAAAAAUGAGAGAAAAGAAAAAAAAAAAAAAAACAGAAAACUAAACAAAUCUUACUCCGCCCAACAGAUAAACAGGCAGACAUAUGUACAUACAUUCCCAAGGAUUGGGUACGUUUUUGUCUGCCAAGGUUUGGAUUGACCCAUUGGAGUGAAAGUGUGUGUGUGUGUGUGUGUGUGUGUGUGUGUGUGUGGUUGCUUGAAGUAGUGCCUGGAAUGCUGUGUGUGUUAAAGUCUGUCCUGUGUCUCAGUGCAAAGCAUUGAGAUGUUUAUGAUAUUCCUCCUUUAUAAUUUCAUGCAGCCCACCUCAACUCUGUCGGGUUCUGCCUUCUAUUGGAGCUGCUCUUGUUCAAACACUGUGUUUCAUGGCUUUUCAGCUCAUUUUAGACACUGUGUCACUUUGUCAGUUAUUUUGGGAAAUAUGUGUAUAUGAGGAGUUUAGUGGAGGAAAUAAUGGCUUUGAGGUGAACCAGGUAAGUUUUCCUCAAAGUGUAAAAAAAAAAUUGCAAACAUUAGAAGUGAUGCGUUAGAAAAUUAUGUAAAUAAUAUUGUUUCUGUGGAAAUGCCAUGAUAUACAUCCCUUAGACUCCCACCAGGAAUUGCUGGUGAUCGUCUAAAGUUACUGUUUUCACCAAGGUUUUGCAUCUUGAGCUGGGGACAGUUCAAGGGCCAACAACAAUAUAAGAGAACAAUAAUGCCAAAAGUGUAAAAUUGUAACAUGUAAUGUGUGUAUAUAUGCAUUAUAAAUUACCUAUCAGACUGUUGCAGUCAAUUAAAUCAGAUUAAAUAUGUCUAGAAAAGUAGUUGCAUAGAUAAUGUGUAGUUUUCUGAAUUGAGAAAAAUCCUAACUGAUUUGUUUUUCAGUUUUUCUGCAUAAUUUCAGUGGCUGAGAUGUUAAUAGAGCCAAAGUGGUUUGAUGUGAAAUUGUGCAUUGAGAAACAUACUAACUGUACACAUACAGCCCUUAUAUUUAUUCUCUUCUGUCUUCUGAGUUUAUAUAAAGUCUUGACAAUGGUACAAUAGCGAUUAUUAAUUACCCCCCCCCCUCUCAUAGGUUUUCAUAGGUAUGGUUAAGGCCAAAACCUUACCUCAAAAAUGGUGUCUGGUUUCUGGCAUAAUGCAGUGUAUUUGAAACCAGUUCAGGUAAUGCCUUUGUGAGGUUUCAAGUCCCAUUAAACACUGACAUCUUGGGCUUGGUUAAUUUAUCUAUAAUGGCUUGUUUCACACCAAACCACUGUUACUUUAUUUAAAUCUAAAGCUUUUAAUUAUGAAGAAAAUUUGGGAAAAAUAAAUCUGUGUAAUUCUCUUAACUGGCCGCUGUUAUUUGCACAUUGAGACAAAAACUAUGGACCGAAAGUCCAGCUACUCUUAGAGAAACUUUAUUUUAAUGGCAACUUUAUACGAUGCAGCUCUUUAUUCAUGGCACAUUCAAGGGCAUCCAUCAGCCUUUUAUCCUUCAGAGGUGGUGGUGUCUGGGCUGUUGUGAGAGAUUUCUGAUUGAUUUUCUGGCAGUGAAUCUGAGAGAGGUUGAUCUGGAACCAGUUGGUUUUAUUCUCAGUAGAAAUAAACAGCAUAGCAGCUCUGGUACCAUAUUAAUAGCUCACUUGUCUUUUUUUAACUUGGGAUGCAAAAUGGAAAACCAACCUGGAUGUUUUUGUUUCUCUUCAAUAGGAUUCACCAUACGCUAUAUGUCCAAAAGUUUAUAGGCACAUGCUCAUCUAGCAUUUCUUCUGAAAUCAAGAGUACUAAUAUGGAGUUUGUUCUCUUUUGCCCCAGUAACAGCUUCUACUUUUCUGGAAAGGCUUUACAUGUUGGGACACUGCUGUGUGGAUUUGAUUGCAUUCAGCCACAAGUGGGGUCAGAUACUGGUGUUGGGUGAUUAGUUCUGGAUCAGGAACACCAACGUAUCCCAAAGGUAUGGGAUGCAGUUAUGUCCCUCCAGAGAACACAGUUGCACUGCUCUUCAAUCCAGUACUGGGUGGCUUUAUACCCCUCUAGUUGGUGCUGGUCAUUGGACACGGUGACCUUAAACCUGUGUGCAGAUGUUCCAGAGCAUCACAUUCUAUUGGCAGCUUCGCUGAGGAGAUUAUACAAGCUGUGUUGGCGUAGUUGUACAUUAGAAGGGGUGUCUGGAUACUUUUGGACAUAUAGUGUAUGUCAAACUCUUAAAAUUGGUCUAAAAUCUUGUGCAUUAACUCUUUCAGCACUUACUAUAAACAAAUUGGAAUAUUUAGGUGGUGAAAUAAAUAUUUUUUUUAAUUAUCCAAGCAGAACCUCAUGUAAUGUGGAGAAACUGAUGCUUUGCUAAGAGCUGGUUUGAUUUGUGUUUUGAUUCUGUACUCAUACACUCUGCUUUCUUGGCUUUGUAUUACCUCCUUGUGCAUGAUAUGAUUUGAUGAAGCCAUCGAUGUACAGUGUAUUGACAGUAUAACACCCUCAUCCUGUGGAACUGCUUGAUUUAAAGCCAUUCGUUUGAGCCAUUUUCCGAUACUUCCUUCGAGUUGCUGAAUGUCUUGGAAGCUUUGAAAUUCAUUGUAUUGCAGUUAUGCAUUAAACAGUAUGUUUGUA